UGAUAACGUAUGUAAAACUGAUGGACAGCAUCAGCCUCAUUGUUAUAGUAUGACAAUUAGUUGAGUUUGAAAAAUUUAGGAUAAAUAAAUUUGACCUAUCUCUAUACAAUUUCCAGGCUAUUAGCCAGAGAACUAGUCCAAAAAUAGCAUUCAGUCCUGAAAACACAUAUGCAUAUAAACAGUCCUGUUGUGCUCAACAGGACCAAUCACAUGCAUGUUUUCAGGAUCAGGACUACAAUUAACACAGAUUUAAAAUGGUAUCUUUCCUUGUUUACUUUUUCUUCCUACUCUUUCUGUGUUCACUGUUUAAGACUGUGCCCAUAAGGAAGCUAUAUCUCAAACAAUUGGAUGCACUACAUUUCUGGCCUUUGCCAUGUUCCACUAGUUCUUGAAAGAUAUGAAAUUGGGGGAGCUAUAGUAGAACAACACCUUGUUCAUGUUUUUACUCCUGCAGCUCUACUGCUGUGCCCCUUUAUAUAACUAAAUUUGAAAGUGUUAAUGUAUGUGGUUUUAUAUAUAUGCUAGAGUUGCUAACACCUCGUUUAUAUUGUGCCAGGCCAUGCUUGAUUCUUUGUCAGAUCUCCCUGAGUGGUAUGGUAUAAAGGAAAUGCAAGCAAACUGGAUAGGUGAUUGUGUUGGAUGUUAUCUUGACUUCGUGUUAAAGGUUAAUGGCAAAGAAACAGGAGAGAAGCUAGCUGCCUAUACCUAUACACCUGAAGCCAUUUAUGGAGCUUCCCACUUAUAUGUUUUACCUGAUCAUAGACUACUGCAUGGAAAUAGUAGUCUGAAGGAAGUGUUGCAGAGUGAGUUCAUCCCAGGCAAAGACUGUCUUACGUCAGUGACAGCAGUGAACUUACUUACCAAACAGGAGGUUCCUAUAGUCAUCUCUGCAAAAUCAGCUUUUGAGAACUAUAUUGAUACUAAAAUAGGAAUUCCUAGUACUAAUCCAGAAGAUGCUGCUGUUGCUCAGAAUCUGGGUCUCUCUUUCUCUGAAGUCAUUGAAACACUACCAGAUGGUUUGGAGACCCUUGUCAGCUCUGGAGAGUUCACAGGCAUGACUAGGCAGGAAGCUUUAAAAGCCCUAACUCAGCAGGCCAAAAAUAAAGGAGUAGGUGGAAACCUAACAAGUGACAAGUUAAGAGAUUGGUUAAUAUCUCGACAGCGGUACUGGGGAACACCUAUUCCCAUAAUCCACUGCCAGACCUGUGGCACAGUCCCUGUGCCUUAUGAGGACUUACCUGUGGAGUUGCCCAAUAUAACCACCUUUACAGGAAAGGGAGCCUCCCCUCUAGAAACUGUCCCAGAGUGGAUAAACUGUUCAUGUCCAAGGUGCAAAGGACCUGCAAAGAGGGAAACAGACACCAUGGAUACAUUUGUUGAUUCAUCUUGGUAUUACCUGAGAUACACUGAUCCUCAUAACUCUGAUAGGCCUUUUAAUAAAGCCUUGGCCGACUACUGGAUGCCUGUGGAUUUGUACAUUGGGGGAAAGGAGCAUGCAGUUAUGCAUUUAUACUAUGCUAGAUUCUUGAGCCAUUUUUGCUAUGAUCAAAAGAUGACCAAACACAAGGAGCCUUUUUAUAAACUCUUGGUUCAAGGUCUUAUCAAGAGUCAGACAUAUAAACUAACAACAACAAGCCAAUAUCUGAAGAGAGAGGAAAUUGAUCUCACUGGGACUGAACCAGUUCACAUAAAAACCAAAGAGAAGCUUCAGGUUACAUGGGAAAAAAUGAGUAAAUCCAAGCAUAAUGGGAUAGAUCCUGAGGAAUUAGUAGAGCAGUAUGGCAUAGACACUAUGCGACUGUACAUCCUGUUUGCCGCGCCUCCAGAACAAGACAUCUUGUGGGAUGCAAAAACUGAUGCUGUCCCUGGUGUACGAAGAUGGCAGUCACGCCUUUGGACCCUAGCAACCAAAUUUAUAGAAGCCAGGACUUCCAGCACUGUGCCCAAUCCUCAGCUGUUGAACAAGAAGGAGAAGGCUGAAGCCAAAAAGAUCUGGGAGCAGAAGAACCUUGUGGUCUCUGAGGUAACAAGUUACUUCACAAAAGAUUACUUGUUUAAUGCUGCAAUCUCUCGACUGAUGGGCCUCACUAACUUACUCUCACAAGCCUCUCAACCUCUCAUUCUUCACAGUGCAGAAUUUGAAGAUGCUUUGGCUACUCUUUGUAUUAUGGUUGCACCUAUGGCCCCGCACAUAGCCUCAGAGCUAUGGAAAGGUUUGGCACAUGUGCAGAAUAAACUUUGUACGUAUCAUAAGUGGGAUGAUGAUGUGCUGCAUCAGUCCUGGCCCAAAGUGGACCCAGAAUACCUCCAACAACCAGAUAUCAUAGAGAUGUCUGUUCUGAUCAAUAACAAAGCUUGUGGCAAAGUCAGUAUGCCUCGCCAAGUAGCCCGGAAUGCUGAGGAAGUCCAUGAACUAAUUCUUCAAAGUGAGCUGGGAAUCAAACACCUCCAGGGACGUCCUAUCAAAAAGGCCUUUCUGUCUCCAAGAACUGCCCUCAUCAACUUCCUAGUGCAAGAAUAAUGGGAAUAUGUGUUGUCUAAGGCUGCUAGCCUGUGUGUGGCUGAUGGAAUGCUUCAAAAUGAAGCCCAUUAAAAAUACCAAUUAUGCUUAUUUAAAUCUAUUUCACAGUGGAGAAAAAGGAAAAAUCUUUAUUAGCUAAAACUGUAUUGCUGCUGAUCCUUGUCAAGUCAGUCUUCAUUUAAACAUAAAGAAAAGCCAAGGUAUUGGGGUUUCCUAUUUGAUCAGUGAAGGAAGCUACUUCACCAUAUUGUCAGGCUGACCAAGGAUGCUACCAAGGAGGCAACAGUGUAAGGAAAAGCAGGCAAAAGAAAAAGAUAUUUGGGAGAAAUAUCUGAAACUGUAGUUAAGAGGGCAUUAGAGAUGGGCCCAACCUACAAUGUCUGCCUCAGUAUUCAAGUGUCCUAAAGUUCAUGGGUAUCUGGGCCAAUCUCUAGAAUGUAUCUUACUAGGAAAUUGAUUUUGUUUCUAUCAGUGUUUUUGGUAAAUGUGAUUAAAGAGCCAAACUACUGUAGUGAGUACUUGCUCCACAACACGUUCAAAAAAACAUAAUAUGUCACCAGUCACCUCUGCUUCCUAGAUAGAGAUCACAUUUAGGUUCGCUAAUAUGAAAUAGCAUUAUUUCUUAUUCACAUUUUUGGUGCAAUUGAGUGCUUAUAGGAAUCAAUUAGCACUGGAUUGUGGGUAGGGUAGUGUAGGCCAGUGGUUCUCAACCAGGGGUCCAGAGCCCCGUAGGGGGCCUCAAACAGGUUUCAGGGGUUCCGCCAAGCAGGGCCAGUGUUAGACUCAAUGGGGCACAGCGCAGAAAACUGAAGUCCCACUGCAUGGGGCUGAAGCCUGGGGCCCUGAGCCCCGCCACCGGGGGCUGAAGCCAAAGCCUGAGCAACUUAGUUUUGUGGGGGGGCCCUCUGGCAUGGGACCGCAGGCAAAUGCCCUGCUCCCCCCUACCGCAGGCCCUGGUUUUUAUAAGCAGAAAACCAGUGGAGUUUUUAUAACAUGUUUGUGGGGGGGUGGAGGGCCUCAAAAAGAAAAAGGUUGAGAACCCCUGGUGAAGGCCAUCAGGAUGGAUGUUUCCUUACAUAGCUCUGACAGUGCACUCCAGACAUGUUUGACAGACAAAUUAAGAAUAUAAAAAAUACUUUUUAUAUGUUCUGGUUUAAUGUGUCCUUUUUGCUUGCUUUCCAUCACCUUACAUUUAUCUUCUUCAGAUUUUACAAACUACAGAAAGUUUCUUCUGAAUAGAAUUUGUUUUCACCAGAUAGCACAUCUCCGAGCACGCCAGACGCAUUGUACAAAAGAAUUACUUAGAUACUAGUAAUGCAGGGCUGAUGAAGGCAAACAUAGCAUCCUUUCUUGGUUCAAGGUGAGCUCUCACAUGAGAACCCAAAUGGCAACUCUCUUGUUUUUUCGGUGGAUUUCAUUAUGUGCAAAUAAACAAUUGUGUUCCUAGGGGAAUCUGAAGUCAAUGAGAUUGUUUAAUAAAAUACAGAGUAAUUCUCA